GGGCAAACCUUGCAGUCGAGAGGCAUGCUAGCAAGAUAUAUACAAGGGCCAUGUUGAACAGUUUGGACAUAUAUUGUAUGAGUGGAGAGCUUAUCAGGUUGAAGAGGUUGAGAAACUCAAGACAUGCAUUGCAAUACAUAGUGAAGCAAAGAAAAGAGAAAAAUGGAGCGUACAUGCUUACUAUGCUCGACGGAGGCAAUGAAUCCAAGUGUGUGUGCGGCCAAUUCAGACACAUGGGCCUGCUUUGCCAGAGAAGCGUUUUCUACCUAUACCAAUGAUGGAAGGCUUUUCUUUUUAUAUUGUGGACAUUGAGGAAAGGAAUCUUCUUGUUAAGGACCCGGCAGAGACAAGCAUUCACGAUGAUGAGAUGAGGGCGAAGCAUGAGUUGAAUGCAAACCUGGUGCUGAGAGGACUUUGGAGGUACAUCCGCGCGCAUUUUGCUGUCUGGUAUUGUCCAGAUGACGACUGGAGCGUGACAUAUGCCUACAACAUGAAUGAACCAUGUGAGAUCGAGGACACCUGGGUCUAUCUCGCGCACUACUGGAGGUACUACAAUGUACAAGCUGGAUUAUCUUAAGAAAUAGAUUGCAUACGGGGUGAUAUCUAUGAAGGGGAACAAGGGUGAGCACCCAAGCUUCAUGAUCGAGGAAGUGCUGUUCUGAAGAAGACCGGAGUGGCUGUCUCAUUAUCUGCUUAGUUAUAUUAUGCAUUUACCAUGAGUUUGCAAAAGACUGGUUAUAUUAUGCAUUUGCCAUGAGUUUGCAAAAGACUGGUUAUAUUAUGCAUUUACCAUGAGUGGCUGCCUCAUUAUCUGUUUGCAAAUACGUAGUAAGCUAAAAUGGAU